UCUCACAUCCCUAGAAAUGAAUUUCCACUUUCUGAUAAUCACAGCUGUCAUCGUUGGCAGUACGAACGCUGUUUUAGGAACAGCCGGAACAUCGAAGCCUACGCCAACACAGGUUGAACGGAGGGCCGACACUACAGAAAUUAUCAACCUCACUACCUUCACCUUUCGCCCGAUCGAUUCAUACCUGGUCAAAAAAGAUGGUCACCCGGAUCCCGAGAAAGAUGCUUUUCAGAUGUACCCACUCGGAAUUUACGACGAUUUCCCAAGGGAAGGUGUGACGAUCGCGCUUGGAUCAGAUCUAAAGAAGCGUGUCAUGGACACCAUGGGCGAUGGAUGUAAGGCAGAUCCUCAGGCCUGCCGCAACAAAUUAAUCCCCAUCAUCCACAACACUGACGUAGGCGCUCAUACAACACGUUUUGUUCUGAUCCCCAGCGCAUUCCUCGUGGCAGCCAUCGUCAGGACUACAGCACAAGUACUGGUAGCUGCCACUGUGGCUGGGAUUACUUACGAAAUGGCGCACAAUUUAAAGUUUGAAUACGAAGACCUCCAUCAGAUGGAUACUUUGGGUGAUCCAGACGUUAUGGCCGUCAAAUUCGGAAUGGAAUCUAGCCCUACAACAAUCACGGUAUCCAAGAUGCCUUCCACCCCCGAGCCGACUGGAUCAGGCGAGAUCACAUUCGAGACGCUCACCGCCGACGACAGUGACAGAAAGAAGGGAGACCUGGUCUUCCACAUUCCUGCAGACGCUGCUCGCCAGAUACAAGACUACCUCAGGGUCAUCGAUAUUCAACAAGUGAUCAACAUUUGUAAAGGCCAUGAUCUUUUCAGCCCCCAAGAUGUUGGCGUGCACCGGCAGUUCGGCUCUGUGGUUAACAACAUUCAGUUCUGCCUGGAUUCAGUCAGUCAAUUUAUUCCUAGGCUGAUUAACGGCGUGCCGCAGAGUGCAGUGAAAUUUUCGCAAGAGAAUUUACCGCUGUUCCAUGGUCCUGGACAAGCGAUCGAUUACCCGUUGCCUGCGAUAUCUAAAUCCGAUGGUGCUAUAAUCAUCCCGAUAUACCACCGAAUCGUCGCUCAUAUGUCUCUUGUAAAAAACCUCCAAGAUGAUAUCCUUCUGAACCUGAAGAUUGACGCCACGCUUUUGUCCAUGACUGCUCUGGGUGUAUGGCUACUUUUCCAUGCGACCCAGAACGGAGGUCGCAUUGCAUUGGACAUUCGAGUACCCUUAUCCGCGUAUAGUAGAACAAUCACAGAAGAGAAUUUCAAAUGCCCGAAGGAUAUUCUCUGCAUCAACAAGAGGUGUGCUGCUCAAGUAGAUGGCCAGCCAAUCCCUAAAAGGAACGCUGUCUGCAAACUCGAACAAAUCAAAGGUUGCCCAUGUCGUCGUGUGCACUAUCUGCAACCAACCUUAACGGAACUUGACUGGUGGAACAGUCAGUAUACAUGGAUGCAAGAACUCAUCAAGAAGUCCAACAUGCCCCAAUUCGAGCCGAAGUGUCAAGGCGAGUUGCAAGAAAGCAUGGACUCGAAGAUGAGGUUCAAGGACAACAUGCAAGAAGCAUGCCGAAAACACAAAGACAUACGUUCGGGAUACACCAUUGUCAACAGAGAUGGCACUAAGUUCUGGGAAGAGGCAUUCACCAUGGAUGGCAUGACUUGGACUUUCGAUUUCAAAGCCAGCCCGGGUGAUCGAGUAGAUACCUGCUCCUUUGACUGUGAAACCGUUUUCACGGCAUUUGCCGACAUCGCAGAUUGCGUGAUGCCCCAAGGCGUAAAAAAGACGGGCGAGAUUGAGACUGAUUGUGGCUUGUUCUUUUACAGCGCUAACAAGCAUGGCGGAGACUGA